AUGGCCGAAGUGGCAAAGCCCCAGAGCAGUGAAACAACGAAAACAAUCGCCGCCACCCCUCCUCCCCGACAUGAUGACGCUGCUGAGCUAGUUGGCCGAAAAAAAACCAACAGUGGUUCAUUUUCCCUCCAGAAGUUUCAGCAGAAAGCUCGGAAGCAAACUAAGCAGAAGAAAUCCAAGUCGGCUGAAUUUCUGAUGGUUAAAGAAGCUAGAGAAGCUACGGAAGGCACUGGAAAUCCAGCUUUUCACAUGAGCAGCCCAGAUCUCUCAGCACAUCAGGCUUCAGAAAAGAAAGUUAUUAGACAUGACAUGCUGGAUCGCGCCCUCGCGGACCACCAACAAAAAUUCAGGCUGCUAGCCUCGGCUGAACCAAAAGGAAAUGAAUACAGCAGAAAUUACUUUGACCCACUGACGGAUGAGGAAAUAAACCCAAGGCAGUAUGGGAUGGAGGUCAGCGGAGAGGCUGAUAAUAGAAUUCUCUAUGAUCGAUUAACGGAGCUGUUUCAUGAGAAUGGACAAGGAGGAUCCCAAGAUGAGAGCAUCGUGGAGGAGGCUUUGGGUUCUGAAGAGCUGGUGAGUUCUGGUAAGAUUCUUGGACUCUACAAAGAGGACGGUGAAGCCACCUCUGCUUACAGUGAGGAGAUUGAAAGAUACGCCCAGAAAGACAUAAUUCUGCCUGGAAGUUCUUCACUGGAACAGCUCCCCUCUUCCUAUACCUGCUGCAGAGCUCCAAGUCAACCAGUAAUUGCAGAGCUAAAUGUUUGUAAAGAAGGCAGCAUAGCCAAACUUGAUAUCCUCACAGAAGCAACCCACCAAUCAAAGGGAGAAGCAUGGCCUUGGCCGUGCUGGAAGAGUCGGUCACCUCAGCCUCUUCAAAUACAGAUGAAAUGCAUAAGGGGUCUCAAGAACAAGGCUCCUCAAGGCUCCUACUUCCUCAAAGUGUCCCUGCUUGGUCGACCAGGUGGCCGUGUCUUGCCGUGGUGCCCGACGGAGCAGCUGAAGACCAGAACACACCCAGUGAGGCAUGAUGGAAAUUUUUAUGAUGUGGGGCUGUAUUUCCACGAAAGCCUUUAUGUGGUACUCCCGUCUAAGAAGGAUGUGAAACCUGGUGCAGCUUUCUUGUUUGAACUCAUUCUCCUUCGUGGGAAAUAUGCUUGUCUCCACCAAGUUGUGGGCUGGACAACUUUCCCUUUGUAUGAUAGCAAUUUGGAUGUAGUGGAGGGAAAAUUCAAGUGUCCACUUCUCCGAGGGCAUUAUGACCAGAAACUCGACAACUUCAGGAAAAUUGAAGAUUUGAUUUGCUUGGACCUGGACCACUGGCUGUGCAAUCUCUACUUUCAGGUAAUUAAACUUCCUCUACAUUUGGAUGAUCAAAAAAACCCUGAAAGACGUAUUCAGCUUCCCCCUGAAUUUCCAGUUUGUUUAAUGGCUGAAGCAGAGAAAGCAGAAUCAGGUGUCUAUAACACAGCUGGCCUUUCAGAGAAAGAAACAGAGAAAAACAUUUGUGCCUCAAGGGGUGAUGAAGCUAAAUUCUCAUCAGUCUCAUCUCAAGGAAGCGUUUCUAAUAAAAUUGGUCCCUGCCCUAUGGACUGUGAUCUCAAUCUCUCAAAAGAAGACCAUGAAUUACGCAAUAAGGUAAAUUUCAUCUCAAUUCAUUCUGUGAAGGAAAAAUCAACUGCUUGGAAAACUGUAGAAAUUGAAGAUUAUUCUCAGGAUACAUCUUAUUUGGAGGAACUGGAGAAACACAGAUUUUCAGUUUGCUGUUCUUCAGUAGCUGAUAGUACUGGAUCUGGAGAAUUCUUCAAGCAUCUCUAUUUUGUGCUGGCGUCAGUGAUUUCAGAACUUCAGUUCGCUCAAUGGCAAAGCCAGGGCUUCUGGUACAUUAUCUUGCUGAUGGCUUCUCUCUGGUUCCUGAGGCUCUACCUGCAUUACCUCAGCCAGUGGCUUUUCCUCCAGGCCAUUUCAAUUCCUGUUACAAAAUUCCAUUUUUCCCCCCUCACGCUUGAGCUCUGCUACCCAAGCUCUUUACUUCGCAUCAGAGAAGAGUUGCUUGUUGUUGUGAUGGGGCCUUUAAUGCUGAACGCAAUGGUACUUCCCUUGGUUCUGAUCAGAUGGGGCUGUCAGGUACUGUUUGCGUUCUGCCCUGAUGUCCUGUCAAAGUUAAUCAUCACCAUGGGACUAUGGACGGUUCUGGACCCACUGGCAGUGUUUAUUGUGGAUACUGUCCUGGGGCGGCUUUCACAUGAUGGGGAGACUCCUGUAACUGAUGCAGCAAAGCUGUACUGGAUGUUUGAAAAAAGCAUGCAAUCAGGAAUCCUUGGUGUGGUGCUCACGGUGCUACUUUACGUGCUCCUGUUCAUCAUUUCAUCUUUGAUUUUAUAUUUGUAUUGUCUCAGAUUGCACAAUGAUUCCUGGAUAUUAGACGCAUUUCAGUGCAGCCACAGUGAAGAAACCAAGUUUUUUAUACCAUAUGAUUUGGAGAUUUCCAAUCAGGAACUAAGCUAUAUAGUAAAAAGAUCUGAGCAAUGGAGAGGACUCAAUGGUAAGAGAAGGAAGGUGAGUUGGUUUGAAGUAGACUUGUGUUUUGACUGCACGAAAGAAGCUCAUUCCGUUAGCGUAUCAGCCAGCUGUUAA